CCACCAUCCAUUUCUCCACGGUACUUCCCUUUCACUGUGACCCGUUCAUUGCAUUCCUUGAUCUCACAUUCUCAAGCUCGUGAAAGUAAUCAUCUGCCUGACGUUUUGAACUCGAGUAGCGACAACAAAUUUCUCGGGCUCUGUUCCUUCCGUCAAUAUAGAAAAGUCCUUCGAAGCAUUGCCAUGAACCGAAUUUUUAUGCCCAUUCCUUUUCUCCUUUUCACCUCUCAUGCCUAUGGAGAACCUAUAUCUCCCGAGGAUGACCAAGGCAUGCCUGCAUCUUCGAAAGAUCAACGAACAGUUUUGAAUAUCAUAUGGAGCUGUCUCGCAACAAUAUUCGCAUGUACUUGGCUUGCCAUACACCCGAACAUCCCAGGUCGUAACAUCACGACUAAGGGAGCAAUUUACUGCGCUAUUGAACGCAUGAGACUUAUGAUUGCUGCAAUUUUUGCACCGGAGGUGAUUGUUGCAUGGGCUACAGCACAGUUUAUGGUUGCUUGGAAGGUGCGUCACGGAGAGAAAAUCUCUAUUGCAUCAGUGAUCCAUGCUUGGAGAGAGAAAUCAGAUGAAUCAAAGCCAACACUUGCUCAUGGAUUUUUUCUCAGCAUGGGGGGGUUCUACUACACCCAUAUGCCGGAAUCAGUCUACGAAGACUUGUUGAAUCGUACCACGGAUUCGGACUCUCUACUCCUAUCCGACUGCAGUUGGGAAACUGAGAAUAUCAGAGGAGUCAUUGUCGGUCUCCGCCAGCUCAAAUCCCACCCAGGGCUGGCCAAGACCCUGGUAACAAUCAGUGCAGAGACCAUAGAGGACAAAAGCAAAGGCGACGCACUUUCAAAAACUAUAUCUAUCCUCCAAAUAUCCUGGUUCAUCGUGCAAUGCAUCGCUCGAGGCGUUCAGGGUCUCCCGAUCACGCUCCUUGAAAUGGCAGCACUUGCAUUUGCUUGCCUCAGUAUCAUGACUUACUGCUUGUGGUGGCAUAAACCACUCAAUGUUAGUUAUCAUAUAUCUUUGGAUCCGUUGAACUCAAGUGAACUCAUGCGAACAUUGGCAACAAAAAGUCAUAAAAAAUCUGCUUCCCCAAUGGCUUCCUCGGGCGAUUAUUCAAUAGGUGGGGUAAUAAAUGCAUUGACAUGGGUUUGCUGGGUGGUUGCAGAUUUUUUCUUUUUCUUAGAGGAAGAAGCACAUCGCAACAUUGGAGAAGGCGCCUGUCCACUUUCCUCAGGUACCUCCAAUGAUAGCCCGAUACGCCUUAUGGUCGGGAUUUGUGUAGGAUCAUUAUUCGGGGCCUUCCAUUGCAUGGCUUGGUCAUCCUACUUUCCAUCCCACACCGAAAUGGUACUGUGGCGAUUUUCGUCUGUGGCAGUCAUGAUUGGAGUCCUAACAGCCGUUUCUGCUUUCAUUGUCCGGGGGUCUUGUCCCAAGUGGAUGUUGAAGCUACGACGUCUACUUCCAUAUUGGUGGAUGGACUCUUCUAUCUGGGGGACCGUUUGGAAGCCCUGUUCGUUUUCAUUAUCAGCUGUUGGCGGCAUCAUAUACAUCGUUGGGCGGAUUAUACUGAUCGUCCUCGCUUUUACACAGCUACGUUCACUACCACAGCUAGCCUUUCAUACAGUACAAUGGACGAAUUACAUACCUCACAUAUAGUUUCGGUUACUUUGCACUUUCCAUAUUCCACGUCCUGAUGAUUUCCUUCGUUAUAAAGUAGUAUUUAAAUCUCCUCCUUUGGAUCCUCCUGCUUUAUUUAGGUAGUGCAUAUUCUAUCUUGACGCCGGUAACGACGUUGUUAUAGAUUCCUCAUCUCCGGCAUUCACGACUUUCGG